AUGGAUAAAUCGCUAAAUCAAACGGAGCCAGAGGAUUCGUCGUCUGCAAGUGAAAAAUCAGACUGUAACCGAAGUAUUAACAGAAGCGUGCGACUCGCCCAGAUAGAAAGAAGAAAAAACGAGGCCGAGGACCCGUUCGUUCUUGCGCUGAAAUACUUCUCAAGGGUUGAAGCAAGAACUCCUUUGAAAGGGAACGAUGAGGCAGAGAGGAACCUGGUGCUGGUGGAGCGAGUGGCAUACAGUAGAGGACUUAGCCCAGAAGCCAUAUCUGUUAUGUUGGAGUUUGCCAUGAGCCUCCGAAUGGGAUCUAGUCUAUGUGUCCGAGUACUGAAGUUUCUUAUCCCUGCCACUGUGGUGCCAGAGGAGGCUGUUGUUCGAGCUGUGGUUUGGCUUUGUGUUGGCAAAAUACCUACUGCCACACAGGUUCUUUUCAUAAAAUGGGUGCUGACCAUGUUUGACAUGAUCGAUGCUAAGGACCAACUUCGAGCCAUCUAUGGCUUCCUCUUCAGCCUUUUAGCUGAUGAAAAUCUGUGUCCUUAUGUUUGUCAUCUGUUAUACCUUUUGACCAGGAAGGAAAGUGUGCACCUGUAUAGAGUUAGGAAACUGCAGGAUCUACAGUCAAAACUGGGCAAGCAGCCAUUUCUUUUACACUUGCUGUCACUCUACAAAGUGUUUUGCCCUGAACUGGUGACGCUCUCCCUUCCAUCACGAAUGAGGGUUGGGUUCAGGAGCCACAAUCACCCAUGGAAGUCCGCAUUGCUAACUGUCCAGAAGAGGACCAAUGCCCUGGAGUCCUCAGCAGUCAACCUGACAACUGGGAUAAAAGCCAAGACCCAAUCUAGGAAAAGGAAACACUGCCACCUGGAACUGCCGGCGUUGAAUUGUGCGGUCCAAGCCCGGGUUCAGACCAACAGCUGCUUUAGAAGAAAGACCCUCUCUCUGGUGCAGUUCAACAACUUCUCUCAGCUGCUGGAAAAUGUCCAUCUUGUAGAGCUGCCUGCUCAGAUGGGCUCUCUGCUGGGCUCCAGUCUGGGGUUGCAGUACCUGGAUUGUGUACAGGAUGAAUCUGCCUUCCUACGGCUCAACUUCUGGCUUGGCCACGCUCUUCAAGAAGAGUUCUUAUUCUGUGGUGAUGGUGGGGUCUCUCAGAGUUCGGAAGAAGUUCUGCAACUUUUGGACCGGCUGCUAUGCACACAGCAUUUUCUACAGGAGGGUUUCUCCAGCAUAGAGGCUUUUUUGUACAAGUUCCUCAAUGUUUGGGAUGGCUCCCUCCUCCGCCCACAGAUACUAGGCCUGCUGAGCAACAUCCCUGUUGUUCCCACUCACUGUAUCAGUCGGCUUCUGUUUGAGCCCCUCAUGCAGCUGUUCUUCACAUCCACACUGUUUUUCAAGUCUGGUCUUAUAGACUGCAUGAACACCAUGCUGUUGAAGUGGUUGACCUGGCAUUCAGUAUAUGCCUUAGAUGACGGCCUGGAUAUAAGCCUGAAUACCCACACCUCCAUAAACAUGACUCUGUCAGGGUUCAAGGAUUCUGUGAUGGAGCUGGUACAUUUUGUUGGCCGCCUGGCCACAGUGGGCCUACAGCUUGAGGGAUGCCACUCCUUACUCCUCAACUUUAUCCUGGACUUCUAUGAGACGGUGUGUGACAUGUUUCUGAAAUAUGGGCUCCCCCUAGUGGUGAUGCCCCCAGCUGGUGUUUUCUACCCGGCUCUCUUUGCCACUGACCCCAUCAGUGUGGACAGACUGGCCUACAUCAUGCACAGGUACAAGAUGAACUUAAUAUCAGCCAAGAGUCAAGAAAAACAGACAAAGGCCUUUCACAUCAGCCCACAGAUAUAUCGUGAGUUCAACCACUACCUGGUUGUCAUGGUCAACUGCCUUUGGAAUUCCAAGAUGUUCAAGCCGGGAAUGCCCACUGAGCUGACAGAAGAGCUGUUAAACAAGUGCAAAGUACCACAUUACCGGGCCAGCUUCAACUUCAUUUACCACCCGGCUUUUUUAAGCUAUGCUGUUGACUUUUACCACAAGUGUUGGCCAGAGAGCAGCAACGUGGAACUCACUUCCUUAAAGUAUCCUAAGAUAUGGGGCUGGUAUCUGGAUUAUCUGGUCUCCCAAGGCUUUGAAGGCCUUCAACAGUUCAUCCAACAUAAUGUCAAUCAGUGA